AUGCUAUAUCAUACCACUUGGCUCAUUGCGAAGUUGGAUCCUAUUAAAUGCAUCUUCGAGAAACCCUCCUUAUUAGGUAGAGUGGCAAAAUGGCAAGUGUUAUUGUCUGAAUAUGAUAUUGUGUAUGUUUCCCAAAAAGCUAUCAAAGGAAGUGCAAUCGCAGAUUUUCUUGCAGAAAGGGUGGAAGAGGAUUAUGAACCAAUGGAGUUUGAGUUUCCGAAUGAGGACUUGAUGUCAAUAUGCCAAACAAGUGGGGAGGAAUCGGAGAAAGAGAAUUGGAAGAUGUUUUUCGACGGAGCUUCGAAUGCCUUGGGGCAUGGCAUAGGGGUCGUGUUAGUGUCACCAGAAGGAGAUUAUUAUCCCGUCAUAGCUAAACUCAACUUCUAUUGCACCAAUAAUGUUGCUGAAUAUGAAGCUUGUGUCAUGGGUCUUCAAACAGUAAUCGAGACGAAAAUUCACAUUUUGGAAGUGUAUGGGGACUUUGCUUUAGUUAUUUAUCAGUUGCGAGGAGAAUGGGAGACACAUGACUCGAAGUUAGUUCGAUAUCACAAUGUAGAAAAAGAAAUAGACGGGAAACCGUGGUACCAUGAUAUUGUGCAUUAUCUCAAGUUUCAGCAGUACCUGGAUCAAAGCUCAGAAAAUGAUAAGAAAACCAUUAGAAGGUUGGCAAUGAAUUUCUUCUUGGAUGGGAACAUCUUAUACAAGAGAAGUAGGGAUCAAACGCUUUUGAGAUGUGUGAAUUCAGCCGAAGCUCGGAGAAUUGUUGAGGAAGUUCACGAAAGAAUUUGUGGAGCACAUGCAAGUGGACAUAAGUUGGCAAGACAGGUCAUGAGAGCAGGGUAUUACUGGCUUACGUUGGAAAUGGAUUGUAUAGAUUUCGCUCGAAAGUGUCACAAGUGUCAGAUAUAUGCAAACAGAAUCCACACCCCUGCUAAUUCACUGCAUGUAUUGACAUCACCAUGGCCAUUCUCAAUGUGGGGAAUGGAUGUGAUUGGGUUGGUAACCCCGAAGGCAUCAAAUGGGCAUCGGUUUAUUCUGGUGGCAAUUGACUACUUCACUAAGUGGGUAGAAGCAACAUUUUAUGCCAAUGUGACCUAG